AAAGAUCCCUGUCUCCUAAAGCAGUUCCCCGCGAGCACUGUUCCCCUCACGCCUUUCACCAAAUUGCAUACUGUAUGCGUUUUCUCUGCACUCUAUGGUGAAGGGGAUAGGCAACAGCAUACGGCAGGGGUGCGAAGCUCUGUUCGCAGUGCGCGUCACACUCGCGGUGGCGGCCCGCUUGGGCGCACGACGCUCAGGCCGACGGGGACCCGUGGGUGGGGUGGCGAUGAGGAUGUGUUGAAUCUGCCGGUGGCGGUUGCUGUUGCAGUGUGCGGCGGCACUCCGUGGUGCGAUGGCCGGCGUAUGGUGACCUUGGGAGGGGGGUGGGAUGAGGGCUGCUGCGCUGCUGUCUUCCUUGUGGCUCCGUUGCGUUUACUUUGCUACCAGAGCGCGUCUUUGGCCGCACCGGUGACUGACGGGUGA